UUAAACCCGGAAAUUAUAAAAUAGUACUAAGUAAUGCCGAAGAAAUAACAAGUAUUUCAGUGACUUCUAUUUAUAGAUCUCUUGUGUCGACAUUAUAGUCCACUAGGUUUUGCCGAGUAUUAGUUUACGACAUAUAAAAUGUAAAUUAUAUUAAUAUAAGAAACAGCAUACAAUUCGUUACACAGAUGUUGUUCGAACCGAACUCGAGUGACCUAUUUAUGUUCAUUUCUGUGGAAAACCUGGCUACCCCUUGACAGUUAGAGUUAAAAGGCAACAUCUCUUGAUACCAGCAACAUGGCAGCGUGUUGAUCGUUUUAAGAAAUGACUAUGAUGGAGCGAUCUCUUUCCUUUAGCGGAAGGUUUGGCGGAGAUACGGUUUCCGCGAAGGUAGUUCUACUUGGAAAGGGAAACGUAGGAAAAACUUGUUUAGCUAAACGAGUUCAUGCCAAUACAUAUAAACAGGAUCCAAAGGCAACUGUUUAUGUGGAUUACCUGCGUGUAAAACUGCAAGGACCGGACUUCGGCUCACCUGUUGUGUUACAACUGUGGGACACAUGUGGCCAAGAAAGGUACAGAAGUCUUAUCGGAUUUUACGUCCGGUCAGCCCACACCGCCAUUAUAGUCUAUGACGUCACUAGCAAGGUUUCGUUUUUGGCAGUUCCUACAUGGUUUGAAGAGGCACGAAAGACUGAGCCAAAGUUGUGUUUCGUCCUCGUCGGUAACAAAAUAGAUGACACUGAAAACAGACAGAUCCGCUAUGAGGAAGGCAAAGCAAUGGCGGAUAGAUAUGAGUGUCCGUUUUAUGAAACUUCUGCUAAAACAGGAGAAAAUGUGAAACUUCUUUUUGAUGAUAUUGGUCGUGAACUCAGUCACGCUAUGACGUCACCAUUGACACGUCAGAGAGAAAGCUAUGUGACGAAUGGUUCAUUAAAGGUGCAGGAUUGUAAAGAACAAAAACAACAGAAAUGUUGGUGCUGAUCACGGUCACCCUUCCCCCCCCCCCCCCCCCCCCCCAACUCGCAUUCUCCCCGUUCCACCAUAUAAUAAUUAUUAUGUUGGCGGGUCUUAUAUAUUCCUAACAUGACUUACCAGGGUGGGGUUUGUCUGGGUGACCUCCAACCAAUAAUACUCUUGGUGGUGAAUACCGAAACACAACCUAACCCCAACACACAGCCUGGAUUAAAAUUUUGAACUCUU